AUGAUGAUCCAGCUUCAGGCAGGGAAAGGAGAAGCUGCCCCGCAACUCAAGAAGAAACUCCCCAACAACUCCACAGAGAUUCAAAAGAUCACAGAAAGAUGGAAGUACGAAGACACCCAAAGACAAAUAAGGCUGACUACAUUGGCUAGGGACGAUCACAAUGAUCCAGCUUUAGACAGGGCAAGCUCGAGAAUCACCACCACAAGGAAGAGCAAGAAUGGACGAGCUUCGGUUCCCUCCUUUGAUGUCCCUGUGCAUAAUUCUUUCAGCGAAUUUCCUAUUCAAUCUCUCGUUCUUCAUCAUCGUGCCCACUGCCACAUCAUCGGAUUGACGGUGGGAGUGGUGACUCUCGUCUCCUUCAUUUUGGUGAUUCCACUUUCUAAGCUGCCCAAGUUCAAGAGAAAAUACAGCCCAACUCUCGACUUAUCAUCGGCUUGCCUGAUUCUUGGGCAUAUCAUCUACGCUCUUGCUGAUCGGACUGGAGUUCUUUACCUCGUUCUCGUGGGGCGGAUGAUAAAUGGGAUUGGUUUGACCGGGUGCUUCUUUCUGAAGAGGUACUGCACAGAUCCUUGCAUUGUUGGUGUCCGGAGGCGAACGACGUGUACAAGCCUGCUCAUUCUCGCCCAGACCCUGGGAAUGGUUGCGGGGCCAAUCGUCGGAGGAUUUCUCGCAAGGAUUCCCAUGAAAACAGCAUUGUUCAACAAAAACACAUUGCCCGGCUGGUUUAUGGCAGUGGUUUGGAGCAUCUAUUGGUUGCUGACAAAAGUCCUGUUCAAAGACGUGACCGAUACUGCCGACCAGGUCAGGGAUUCUAAAUAUGACGCUCGAUCCCAAUGCGCUGAGGGAGAAGGGGCCGAGAAGCAAGCCAGCUUCAGCAACAGGUAUGGAUUGAAGAGGCCGGAUAAAACGUUUUUAAUGCUUUUUCUUUCUAGCCCGACAGCUCAAUUCGCAUGA